GUGAACUAUGUGAUUAAGCCCAGGGGCAGAUGGUGUUAAUCCUCAUGUUUCUCAAUCGUACAUUUCUCUGAAACAUCUGUACUGAAAAUAUACUCUCCAUAACAAAGACCUGAGAGGUAACAAAGGAGCCAGUGAAAACCAGUGCACUGCAGUGUGUAACAUCAUCAGGAGUCUAAAAACGGACUGAGAGCGUCUGAUCCUCUGCGGGACUGAGCGACCCACAUCACACUGCUGAAGAGUCAAACUGUGGACUAGCCGAUCUCUAAACACUCAACAACCGCUUCAACACCCAACACUGAAACACUGCGGCUGAACUCAACAUGGGCUGCUCUGAGUGCUGUAUUAAAUGCCUGAGUGGGAUUCCCUACGCCUCUCUCAUCGCCACCAUCCUGCUGUAUGCCGGCGUGGCGCUUUUCUGCGGCUGUGGCCAUGAGGCUCUCAGUGGCACCGUCACCAUCCUGCAGAACUAUUUCGAAGUGAUCCGAGUAACAGGCGAUGGCCUGGACGUCUUUACCAUGAUUGAUAUCCUGAAGUACGUGAUCUACGGCGUGGCUGCAGCGUUUUUCGUCUACGGGAUCCUGCUGAUGGUCGAGGGCUUUUUCACCACUGGGGCAAUCCGUGACCUGUAUGGAGAUUUCAAGAUCACGACCUGUGGCCGCUGCGUGAGCGCCUGGUUCAUCAUGUUGACCUAUGUCUUCAUGUUGGCCUGGCUGGGCGUCACGGCCUUCACCUCUCUGCCGGUCUUCAUGUAUUUUAACAUCUGGAACACCUGUCAGAACAUGACAGUGUUAGAGGGAACCAACCUCUGCUUCGAUCUGCGCCAGUUCGGAAUUAUACCCUCUACUGAAGACAAGAAGAUCUGCACCAGCCAGGAUAACUUCAGCAAGAUGUGUGCUUCUAAUGAGCUGGAUCUGACGUUCCACUUGUUUGUCUGUGCUCUGGCGGGGGCAGGAGCGGCCGUCAUCGCCAUGGUGCACUACCUGAUGGUCCUGGCGGCGAACUGGGCCUACGUGAAGGACGCGUGCCGCAUGCAGAAGUAUGAAGACAUCAAGAGCAAGGAGGAACAGGAGCUACACGAUAUCCACUCCACCCGCUCCAAAGAGCGCCUCAAUGCCUACACAUAAACACACACACUUAUACACACCUAUACACACACACACACACACACACACAUGAUCCUAAGCAUGUCCUUUCCCUUCCCUGAACCACACACACACAUAUAAGCACACAUGUAAACUCAUGUAAUGAAUUUGACUGGUUAGAGGAUCAGCGUCAGGAUGAACUUACACACACACACACACACACACACACAAUUUUUAUUUCGCUUUUGAAUGUUUCCAUGAUUUUUUUUCUCUUUUUUGUUGUUGUUUUGAUGGCUCUUAUUCGUUAAAGUUGCGUCAAAAACGUCUGUUCAUUUGUGACGCAGCAUCGAAAUGAGCCGUGAUUUAAGUUUUCAGCUGAACACAAGCUCCACCCACAUCCACCUUAUUUACAUGUUAUAUGCAUACGACACGCCCAGAUUUGCCUUCAUUUACAUGUCAUUUGCUUGAAACACGCCCUCCCUUUUACCGUGGUCUUGCUGUCUAAAUUGUGGACAAAAAAAAAAAAAAAUUAAAAGAACAAUAUUUAAUAAAUAAUAAUAACCCCAAUUUACAUCAUGUAGUUUAGGGUGAUAAUUAUUUGGAAAAUAUUUUUAUUAAUAAAAAAAAAUAUAUGAUGGAUAAUUUUUAACUCCAAAUCAAGUAUUUUUUAAAGUUGAUUAAUUAUCAUGCUCAAAUUUACACGCUCUCUGAUUAUAUGCGAAAGAUACUCCAAAGAUUGUUUUGAACGUAAGCAACUUUGACGAAUAAGAGCCAUUCGUCUUAAAAAACAUGGAUAUCACACGCCAACAACACGUCAAACUACUUUUUUUUUUAUACUUAUGGAGUUUUUAAUGAUCCAGAUCUGUUUUCAGAGGAAAGGGGAUUAUGAUGUCAUGUCUGAAAAUAUCAGAAAAUUAGCCGCAAUGCUAGCUACACUACUAUUUAUACUCCUUCCAGUAUAAAUAAAACACGUUUUUAACCUUAGCCUAAAAAUGAAGUUUAUUCAAAAAACAGAAAAGCUAGCUGCCUAAGAAUGCUAACAUCUAGCUACUGAAUGUUACAUUAGGCUAUACGGUGCUGUCGACGUUUACGCAAUAAACUCUUCGAUAUUUCUCAGAAAGGGUUUAUAUCUAACUAAAUAAAGCACAUGUGCGUUAAACGUGUGGAUCCGUGUGCUGUUUAGGUUUUCCGGAGAACUAGCACAGCUAGCAGAACGGCUAGUUUAGCAAUACGACUCCUGGACAUAAUCGCAGUCCUUUUAAUCCUGAAAAACAGAUUGCGUAAAUAAACUCUGAUAUUUUUUUACGACAUUUACCUUACUCACGUACGGCUUUACUCACCGUCCUCCAUCGUAGAACUUUAAACUAGGCCCUUGUUUUUUUUUGGUUUUUUUUAAUCAUCCAAAGCUAAAAUGUGACCAAACUUGUACGAUUUCACAGAUUCUUUUCCAGCAAAUUCCAUCGGUUCAGAAAGCCGAAUAAACCUUAAAAAUUACUUUUUAGACAAAGUAUAAUUUGUAUCUUAGUCUGAAGAAGCUGUGACACUGGUGCUUCACCUCAAACCAUUUGUAAAAGCUAUAAAGUGUGUAUUUACUAAAAAAAAAAAAUAGAAAGAUUCUGGAUAAUAGAAAAACAAAAUGGCAGGGAAAGUAAAAUGCUCACUUUUCUGAUUUGGCGAAUUGUUCGGAUUUUGUUUUCCAGCACAUUCUCUAAAGCCACAAAGACCUUAAAAUGAUUUUUUAUCGCUCAAGUGUAGCUUUUUAUUGUACGUAAAGUAUUUCCUGAUGCUAUUUGACACUGGUGCUUCGUCUCAGGCUGUUCGUAAAGCUGAAACAAUUUUCUGAGCAAAGAAAUCCAGAGAGGAGAUUCACUAUGAUUAUUAUUAUUAUUAUUAUUAUUAUUAUUAUUAUUAUUAUUAUGAAACAAUUGGCAAGUCAUUACAUUGAGACAAAAAUUAAUCUCUUUUAACUGAUUUAAAAAAAAGAUUUUAAACAAUUUUCUAAAAUAGCACAAAUAUUUUUAAUGAAUCCAUGUUACAAAAAUAUAUUAAUUAUAAAUAAUGAUUUAAUAAUUGAUUUUGGAAUUAUUGGUCUGAGCUAUGUCUUAAUUUUAAAUUUAAUUCGAUUAAUUAAUUUAAAAAAUGUAAAUUGGACAUAUAUAAAUUAUUAAAAAUAUAAAUAAAUAAAAAUGAUUGAAUUCAUUAAAACAACAACAAAAUAAAACAAUAAUAAUAAUAAUAAUAAUAAUAAUAAUAAUAAUAAUAAUAAUAAUAAUGACUAGUAUCUCUGAGCUUCGUUCGAAUUGUGUGAGUAAAAUUAAAUUAGAAAUAAAAGCGAGAUCCUCGGACUGAUCGAGCGCCUGGUUUAGAUUAUUUGCCUUGGAGAGAUUCUGUAAAUUCUUCUCUCAUCCAUCACAAGCCAUAAUCUCACUGACAUCUACUGCUUUUCCUUUCUUUUCUUUUCUUUUCUUUUCUUUUCUUUUCUUUUCUUUUCUUUUCUUUUCUUUUCUUUUCUUUCAGCUUUAACUUUUUAUUAAACACUUCACCGCACGAUUAAAAGAACUGGAAGGUCGCUCCUCUGCACUGUAUAUAUUCAUUAUAUAUCUCUCUCGAUCGUCUGUCUCCACCUUCUUCCCUUUCAUGUGAAAAAGAGUUUUAGAAACUCGCUGAUGUUUUGGGGAACAACCUGAAGAUCACUGUCCAGGGACUGUAUCAGGGACAAAAAGAACAAAAGAAUUCAAGAAUUAAAUAAUAAUUUUAAAAAACUGUUGUAGUUUUGGAUCAGAAUGAAUUGGAAAAGUACUGCCAACAUCCUGAAACAAAGUAAAAAAAAAGUUUUCUGAAAAUAAUGGGGCACUAUAAUUACUUUAGUAUUAUUAUUUUUAUUAUUAUUAUUUUUUUUUUAGUUUAUUUUUUGUUUGUAGAAAACACAAUGGUAUGUUUACUGCAGAAACUUUUCACGAAAUUAAACCAGAAUCUUAAUAAAAAACAAAAUUAUAGCCUUAUGUUCAUUUCAUUUCCAGCCUUAUAUUAAUUUUAUUUUAUUUUAUUUUAUUUUAUUAGGAUUUUUUUUUUGCACUCCAUCCUUGGUCAGUUCAGUGCCCUGUUUCUUUCUGUACAUUGUUUAUAUUUAAUCCAUUUAAUUUUUGUUUUAUUUUAAUUUUUAUUUGCAUAUUGUGUUUAUCUUUUAUUUUAUUUUAUUUUAUUUUUUUUAUUUAUUUUUAUUUUUUUGCUCCAUACUUGUUUAACUCAGUUCCCAGUUCCUUCCUAUACACCUUGUUUAUUUUUAAUCCAUUUGAUAUUAUUUAAUGCUUCAAUCUUUAAAGAUCUGGACCAAAACUCUUUCGGCUGGAUUUAGUCGCCUCUAACUGCCCCGAGCGUCUCCUGAUUCUGGUCCUGACACCGUCCUCUUUUUAUCUUCUUGCCCAUCUUCAGUUUUUUUUAUUGUCUUCAUCGUAAGUGCAUAUUUGGAUUGAGUGUCGACUCGCUGUACAGUUCAACCUCCAGCAUUGGUUUUUACAACACCUAACUGAACAAAAAUAAACAAAUAAACAAAUAAAAUCAUUGUAUUAGCUAAAGAGCGUGAGUCUAGUUGUUGUUUGUGGCAUGGUUAUAAAAUAGUUUUUAACCGACUACAAAAAAAAAAACAAAAAAACAAAAACACAAAUAAAUGAGACAAAGGUUUAUUUUCAUUUUUACACUGACUGUCUUGCAGAUUUCCUCUUCUUCUUCUUCCUCUUCUUCUUCCUCUAGUGUGCAGUAUUCGAGUAGCUAAUGGAGCAGUAUUAAAGGAUAAAUAUAAUACUUGGUUGUAGUGUUUGAGUUUCGUCCUAGUUUGAAGCAGAAAAAAAUAAAAACUAUAUACAAUAUUCAGCCAUCUCUCUCUCUCUCUCUCUCUCUCUCUCUCUCUCUCUCUCUCUCUCUCUCAUAUCAGUCUUUUGUACUUUCACUAAGAAUGCUUUGUAGUUGGCUGUAAAUUUAAUCCGUUUUUGUACAUACAUGUGCCAACAGCUUGACAGUGGCUUUUUCCCCCUCUUCUUUUCUUUUCUUCAUUUUUUUUUGAACUGUAGAAUUAAACCUGCUUGCAGAAAUAAAGACACUUGUGUACUUGUUAAUAAAGAA